UUUUUUUCCUUUUUUUCUGGCUGUCUUGUUGCUCUCUCCUGAUUUACUGCAUGUGCUCACGUGGCCUUGGAAAGGGGGGUUCUCAAACUGUUUUGCUUCCAAAAGGAAAAGAAGCUGGCAGGCAUUCAUAUUUCAGUUCUGGAUUUAUGUAGGUUAAAGUCUCCCAGUGGAAAAGGGAAGAUAUGAGAGAGCAGAUUGCUGGUGGCAAUACUCACCAGAAGGAAAAGGGAAAAAAGGAGCACGGAAUUCUGGAGGCUUGAGAGGUGAGCAAUGGGAUAGGAAAGUGCUGCCAGCCCAUGAAUUUCCUGAAGAAACUCCCUUUCCACCAGCACCAACAUGCAGAGCAAUUAUUCCCUGGUUGUCACCACCGGGGAAAGUCUCCAAGUCCUGUCUACAGCACUGACAAACUCAUCAGCUGUGUCCUACUCAUCCCCUCCCUGCCCCCUCACCUCUUCAGAUUAUCAGUUUUCACUGAUUCCAGCCCUCUUCUCUGCCGUUUUUGUUCUUGGCUUGGUUGGCAACAGCGUGGUGGUUGUGGUGCUCUGUCGUCACACUGGCCCCAAGACAGUUGCUAAUGUCUACAUUUUCAACCUGGCCAUGGCAGACCUGCUGUGCCUGGCCACCCUCCCCUUCUGGGCCACCUACUAUGCUCAGGGAUACAACUGGCUCUUCGGGUCUCUCAUGUGCAAGAUCUCCAGCUCUGUCCUGUGUCUCAAUAUGUUUGCAAGUAUUUUUUUCAUUACAUGCAUGAGCGUGGACCGGUACCACGCCAUCGUCCACCCCAUUCACUCCCAGAGGAGAUCUCCACAACAAGCUUAUUUUGUAGCACUGGUGGUCUGGGGCCUCGCCUGCUUGUCCUCCCUCCCGACCUUUUAUUUCCGAGACACUUUCUAUGUGGAGAGCUUGGAGGUCAAUGCUUGCAUUAUGGCCUUUCCUUAUGAGAACUAUGCACAAUGGUCUGUGGCAACAGCCUUCCUGAAAAACACCCUGGGCUUCUUCAUCCCCUUGGCGGUGAUCACCACCUGCUACAUCUGGAUCAGGAGGCACUUGCUUAAAGCCCAGCAGUUUGGGAAGAGCAGGCAGAAGAGGGACAAGGUCCUGAAGCUGGUGGCUGCUGUUGUCAUGGCCUUCCUGAUCUCCUGGCUGCCCUUCCACCUUCUGACGUUUCUGAACGCCCUGGCCCACAUGGAGGUCAUUGCCAGCUGUCAGGUGGUGGGGCUCAUCGACGCGGCGCUGCCCUUCGGCAUCUGCAUGGCCUUUGCCAACAGCUGUGUCAACCCCCUGCUGUACUGCUUCAUUGGCAACCAGUUCCAGGAGAAGCUGCACCGCCUGUUCAAGAGGAGGGUUCACCAGCUCAGCAGCCACCGCGAGAGCUCCUCUGCCAGGAGGGGCAGCUGCUUCAGAGAGCCCGAAACCCCCGCCGGCAAAGAAGGGGAACCCGAGUCCUUCCUCUAGGCUCUGGGGCACAGUGUGGGGUGGUGUCAGUGCAGCUGGAUGUCCCUGCAGCUGUGACAUUCCUUUCUCCUCUUCCCUUGGUUUUGUGCCCAUUCAUUCACCAGCUGUUUGAAGGAGAAUCUGGUUUUGUCACACCUGGGGAUUUAUUCCUCCUUCCUUUUCACAACAAGAACUCAAGUUUCACACAGAGGGAAGGUUCUGACAAAUAACUAUAUUGAUGGCACUAUAAAUAUCAGCUUUUUGUAUGGCUGGGAUCAGGCAAAUGUUAUGUGUAACACCAGAAGUCUAAAUAUACUGAAGGACCAUUACACCAUAGCUACAAUUGCAUAGGUGCUGAGUAUUAUACCCUAAACUGAUUUUCUGAAAGAGAUUCUCACUAGAGAAUGUGUAAAUAAAGCAGUGCAGAUAUUUCUGUACCUACCUGUAAGAAAAUAUUUUGACAUUUAUU